AGAGUCGGCAAUGUAUAUAUAAAAAUAGAAAGCAUGCAUAGUAUAACUAUAAUUAAUACAACCUCCCAAAAAUGGGUGAUCCUUGUGUCUGCCUCCUCCUCAAAACUCGCUGCUUCACCUUCUCUUCCUCCUUCCUUCCCUCCAGACCUUUUCUGCACAACAAGCUCAGAACUCGGACUCCGCUUGGAUUUCCAAAGCCAAGGCCAACGACGACGACGCUUCCGCAUUCAUCAUCGUCAUCGUCAUCGUCAUCAUCACAAUUCGUUCUCAUUUCGACUACCGAGUGCUCGGACGGUAGCGUCGUCUUCCGAUUUGGCGACGAGAGCGAGAAGGCUGCUUUUGAUGAGAUUAAUAGUCGUCUGGAUGCGGAGUUGAGUGACGGAUUGGUUGGCGAAAGCAAUGCGGAAGAAUCGGAGAUUGAUGCUUCUCCGGCGAGUUCACCUGAGGAGACUGCCUUCCUUGAUUUGACCUCAGCAGAUGAAGUCAAAAGCUCAGCAGUGUUAGGUGACAGCUCCCCUUCCACCAAUUCACAAGAUGUAUUCACAGAGGCUGAAUCACAUAGCAGGGAUAUUUCAGGAGCAUCAGCUCCUAGGAAAUUGGAAUUCCAUACACUUGAAGGCUCAGAGGGGUAUCCACCCACUAUUUCAGAAGAUGAAUUCAUAGAGCAAGCACAUAGAAGAGAUGUCACAGGAGCAUCAACUCCUAUGCCAGUGGAAUUGCAUACAUCUGAAGGCUCUGAGGGGUAUCCUUCUGCAAAGUCAGAAGAUGAAUUAACAGAGGGUAAAGAAGAUACAACAUAUGUCAUAGGAGCAUCAACUCCUACGCCAGUGGAAUUGCAUACAUCUGAAGGCUCUGAGGGUUAUCCUUCUACAAAGUCAGAAGAUGAAUUAACAGAGGCUAAAGAAGAUAGAAGAGAUGUCACAGGAGCAUCAACUCAUACGACAGUGGAAUUGCAUACAUCUGAAGGCUCUGAGGGGUAUCCAUCUACAGAAUCAGAAGAUGAAGUAACAGAGGGCAAAGAACAUAGAAGAGAUGUCACAGGAGCAUCAACUCCUAUGCCAGUGGAAUUGCAUACAUUUGAAGGCUCUGAGGGGUAUCAUUCUACAAAGUCAGAAGAGGAAUCAACAGAGGGUAAAGAAGAUAGAACACCAACUCCUAGGAUGGUUAAAUUGCAUACUGUUGAAGGCUCUGCGGGAUAUCCCUCCACAAAGUCAGAAGAUGAAUUGACAGAGGGGAAAGCCCAUCAAAGAGAUGUCUCAGGAGCAUCAACUAAUAGGACAGAGGAUAUGCAUACUGUUGAAGGUGCUGAGGAGAAUGCUUCCAUAAAUUCAGAGGAUGAAUUUGCAGAUGAUAAAACACAUAGAAGAGAUGCUUCAGGAGAAUUAAUGCCAAGGAUAUUGGAAUUUCAUUCAGUUGAAGGCGCUUUGGGGUAUCCUUUAACAAAAUCAGAAGAUGAAUCAACAGGGGGUAAAGGACAAAGAGAUGUUUCAGGAGCAUCAACUACUAGAACAGUGGAAUUGCAUACAGUUGAAGGUGCUAAGGGGCAUGCUUCCACAAAGUUAGAAGAUAAAUUCGCAGAGGGUAAACUAGAUAGAACAGAUGUUUUAGAAGCAGCAACUCCCAGGACAGUGGAAUUGCAAACAGUUGAACGUGCUAAGGAUACCCCUUCAAAAAAGUCAGAAGAUGAAUUCACAGAGGGUAAAGCACAUAUAAGAAAUGUUUCGGGAGCAUCAACUCCUAGGAUAGUGGAAUUGCAUACAGUUGAAGGCGCUGAAGGGGAGGACAUUGCUGCACCAUUACUUCUACUAUCGACUGGUGCUGCAUUAUUACCGCAUCCCUCAAAGGCAUUGACAGGUGGGGAGGAUGCUUGCUUUGUUGCUUCCGGAAACUGGCUAGGUGUGGCUGAUGGAGUUAGUCAAUGGUCACUGGAAGGGAUUAAUCCUGGGCUAUAUGCUCAUGAACUCAUGAAGAACUGUGAAAGGUUUGUAUCCGAUAGCAAAGGUAUACCAUUGACUAAACCAGAAGACGUCCUUGUUAGCGGUGCUACACAAACAAAAUCUCCUGGCUCAUCUACAGUUUUAGUCGCUUACUUUGAUGGUCAGGCCCUCCAUGUGGCAAACAUUGGUAACUCAGGAUUUAUCAUAAUCAGAAAUGGUGCUGUUUUUAAGAGAUCAUCUCCAAUGAUUCAUGGCUUCAAUUUUCCAUUACAAACUGUCAGAGGCGUUGACCCCUCGGAACUAAUAGAGAGAUACAGUAUAGAUUUGGAUGAGGGAGAUGUCAUUGUCACUGCAACGGAUGGCCUUUUUGACAACUUGUAUGAGCAAGAAAUCACUUCAAUUGUAACUAAGUCAUUCCAAAGGAGAAUGAGACUUCAGGAUAUAGCAGAGUUCUUGGCCGCUAGCGCACAGGAGGUUGGGCAAUCUACUUCUAGAAGAAGCCCAUUUGCAGAUGCAGUUGAGGCAUCUGGGUAUGUGGGAUAUACUGGUGGCAAGCUCGAUGAUGUGACUGUUAUUGUGUCGCUUGUACAGAAGAAAAGCAGCUGUUAGUAUCCCAUCAUCCCAUGACAACAAAGUAAAGCAGCAUAUGUUGUAGCUAAGCUUGCAUAUAAAAUGGGUUGGAAGGAAAUCCUAAAGGCUAACGACACUUUACUAUAGUCCCAAGGCGAAGGAGUAUUUGUUGAGAAUAUACAUAUUCUACAUGGGAAAAAUGGGACCUUGCCUAUGAGUUUAUAAGGGUUUGGGCCACUCCAUCUAUUGCCAAUUGGUUUUGGUUGUGAACCUCAGAUUACUUUAUUAGUAUUCGCAAAGCAAAGAAUCUACAAUUCAAGUUAUUCACUAUUACUACACAGUUUCAUGUUAUUCACUAUUUUGUAACUAGUUUUGUUUACAAUAUACAUAUAAAAAUGUAUUACUUUAUCAGUACAAAGCAAAGCAUCUACAAUUCAAGUUAUUCACUAUUACUACACAGUU